UUGGUGAUCAAAUGUCUCUUUUUUUGGUGAUCAUUUCACAACAAAAAAAAAUGGUGAUCAUUUGUAUCUUAUUUUGGUGAUCAUUUCGCAACAAAAAAAAAUGGUGAUCAAUUUCAACAUUUUUUGGUGAUCAAAAAUAUUCAUGCCCAAACACAAAGGUAACUUUCAACACUUUCGAUACUCAUCUUUAGAAGUCAUUUAAACAUUUAUUUUUAAUGUUCAUCAUGAGAUAUGAAACAAAUAUGUCGAAUUGAUACUUACAUGAAAUAUCAGUUGAUGAAUAAUUUCUUGAUCUAUUAUAUUUAUUAUAAAAAUAAUUGUUUAUUUCAGAAGAUAAUAAUUCAAAUAUCAAAAAUAACAAUGGAGAAGAAUGAUAAGGAAAAAACAUCAAGUAAAGAAGUAAUUGUACCCGAUGGUGGAUGGGGAUGGAUGGUUGUCUUGGCAUCAUUCUUGAUUCAUUUCAUUAUGGAUGGAAUAACAUAUUCAAUGGGUCAAACAUUCUCAGAACCCAUGCGUAAAAAACUUGCACUUGAUCGAGCUUCAAUUUCAACUAUUUUCAGUAUUCUACCAGCUGUCACUCUUGGUGCAGGACCAAUCGCAACUGUUCUUACGAAUAUGUAUGGAUGUCGUAGAGUAGCAAUAGCAGGUACUUGCAUCGCUGCUUGUGGAUUUUUUCUUAGUCGAUUAGGGGCGAACGUCUGGUUUUAUUAUAUAACAAUUGGUGUCGUUGGAGGUCUUGGUUUUUCACUCAUGUAUUUGCCAGCUAUUGUCUCUGUCGGAUUUUAUUUUGAAAAAAAACGUACAUUUGCUAUGGGUAUUGCUGUAUGUGGUUCAGGCGUGGGUACAACUCUACUAUCUUAUAUCAUGAACGAAAUCGUCAAUCGUCCUCUACCACAAGAACCUAGUGAACAACGACGUCUAGAACGAAAAAUACGUAAAGAAGUUCAACAAAAAUCAAUGACAGAAACGGAUGCCAAGGAAGUUGACAUCAUUGAAAAAUCAUCAAACAAAUCUUUUCUUCGUCAAAUUAUCGAACAAAUUGAUCUUAGUCUACUAAAAAAUCCUGCAUUUACAUUGUUUGUUAUAUCGAAUUUUUUUACAAGUCUUGGCUUCAAUGCCAUUUACAAUUUUGCUGAUGAUCUUGCAAAUGAUGCAAAAGUUAUCAUACAUCAUCGAUCAUAUAUUGUUAUGUCAAUUGGUCUCUCAAAUAUUUUCGGUCGUAUUAUUAUCGGUUUUAUCGGUGAUCGAAAAUGUGUAAAUCGACUUCUAUUUUUCAUUGUAGCAUUGAUUAUUUCUGGUGUUGCUACAAUGGUUGCUCCAUUAUGUGGUGCUUCUGUUUUUCUACAUAUCGGUUAUGCAUCUGCUUUUGGCUUCUUUGCAGGUGGUUAUGUUACUUUAACAUCAAUUGUUCUUAUUGAUAUAGUUGGUAUUAAUAAACUGUCGGAUGCAUUCGGUGUUUUUUUACUUUUUGUUGGUAUUGCUACUGCCAUUGGAACACCAAUUGUAGGUGCCAUGCGGGAUGCUUUUGCUAAAUUUGAUCGACCGUUUCUUUGGCCAUAUUUUAUUUUUGGUACUUGUACUGUUAUCAGUGGUAUCGUACUCUUUGCCAUUCCUUUAUUACAACGAAAAAAGUUAAAUGACAAUCAAAUAGAAAUGGAUUUUGAUACAACCACCACGAAAGGCGAUCUAUCAAAUGAAGAACAACAAGAACAAAAUGUUUAA